AUGUACACAUAGAGCCGCCCAAAAACUCUACACAAGACUUCAAGACUGGAUUAAUCUCAUUAUUUUUUUAAUCCACUUGAGUAUGAGUGAGGCUAGCGACUUCGUCCUCUAUGUUGGUAAUUUACCGCACGGUAUUUCAGCCGAUAGUAUUCGUCAGUUAUUUUUAAAGAAAAACAUCGAGGCUGGCCAAAUUGAUGAAAAGGAUGGAUUUGCAUUCGUUCAUAUGAGUAGCCAAGAGGCGCUAGACUCAGCAUGUGUGGAUUUAAAGGGUUUAGAAAUGGGAGGACACGUACUCAAAUUUGAACCUGCCAAAGGGAAUGGGGCCGUAAAGCGACGUGAACAAGCAAGACGGGAGCGCUCUUUGACACCGAAUAAUACACUUUUUGUUGUUAACUUCGAUCCGCAAACUAGCACGGAACAAACUUUACGCGAUGAAUUUGGAAAAUAUGGAAUGGUGAAACAACUGCAGAUCAACAAAAACUACUGCUUUGUUCAUUUUAAUACAACAGAAGAAGCUGAAAGGGCUUUAAAUGCUCUGCAUGGUUCAACUCUUGGAGGAAGACAAAUCAUAGUUGAGUAUUCAGAUCGCAGUCCAUGGUCAGGGCGCAGGCGGUAUCUAGUUAGGGACAUGAGACACAGUAUGUCUAGAGAUCACGGUAGUAGGUAUGACCGUCGAUCACCAUCACCGAGACAUCGCCGGUCACCAUCACCAGGAUAUUAUGAUAGAAGACGACAAACCUCGUAUUGUGUUCAAGGUUGUCGUAGAUCACCAACACCUCCGCGUUUUAGGUCCGGUAGGGAUCGAAUAGAGCCCUAUGGACACCGUGAUGAUAUGCACUUUCAUCGGUGCGAUAUGCGUGAUGAUGAAUAUGGAUAUGAUGAUAGAUAUAGUAGAGAGUAUGACCGAAGGGAAGACCAUUAUCAUCGCUGAGUAGAGAAAAUAUAGCGUUGAAAAGUAACAAAUAAAAGAAUAAAUAUAGGAUCAA